AUGGUAUCGAUCACUUCGCUGUGGAUCGUCGCGAGUGCGCUGCCACGAGCCGAGACGACGGGAGUCGAGGACGUGCCACAUCCCCGUGCGAGGACGAUUUGCGAGCCAGGCCAGCGUCGUGGUAUCGUUAGCCUGUUUACUGUAUUUUCUAGCUUGUUGUUUACCCUCAGCGUGAUAACUUUUUGCCACAUCGAUAUGGCGAACUUGAAGGACGUCCUAUUUUUCUUUUUUCUUCUUAUCAAUCUGUCAAAGGCCACAACAUUAGCCCAAUAUGCUCUGAGUUCGCAAAAUCAAGAAGAAGUAAAGACAAACAUCGAACGUGGUAUAUCUCUGCUGGAACCGGCCAUCACUGUAGACACCUUCAUGAAGACUCUCCUAACCAGCAUUGGAUCCUCAUCGGGCAUCAAAAGGCUGGAGACUUUCUUCACCUUUGCCUGCCUCGGAGUAAUCAUCAACUACGUCUUCAUGACGCUUUAUCUGGUCUGCUUGUCGCUUAUACUCAAGCUUUUUCGCGGAAACAACAAUAUGGUCCAAUUGAACGUGGACAGAUCCAUAAUGCAGCCGCUAAACGAGGAGGAUCAAACACCGAAUUUAAUUAUGGAGCAUGAUGAUAAUUAUGGAACUGAUAUUACCUAUAGUGAACAAAAUGAUUCUGAUAUAUCGCUGAAAUCUGAAACUCCUAGGAGCUUGGAAGACUGUCUUGCGAAAUAUCAUUCAAAGCUUGGAGCUAAAGCCUUGACGAACGAGGAAGUAAUACAGUUGGUAAAUCACAAACACAUAGCUGCACAUCAAUUGGAAAAAGUGGUCGAUAAUCCCGAACGUGCUGUCGAUAUUAGACGUCACAUUGUGGGUGCUGCUAGCAAGUUCAUGAAGGAGAUGACCGAUUUAUCGUAUAGGAACUAUGAUUACAACAAGGUACUUGGUGCCUGCUGUAAGAAUGUGAUCGGGUACAUACCGGUACCCGUUGGCAUCGUUGGACCGUUGCUAAUCGAUGGCCAGCUCUAUUACGUGCCGAUGGCAACGACGGAGGGAUGUCUAAUAGCGUCAACCAAUCGCGGCAGCCGUGCGCUUCUAAAAUACGGCGUAACCACUUGCGUAACGGCUGACGGGAUGACCCGAGCACCCGUAGUGCAAUUCCCGGACAUUGUGCGCGCAUGUGAGGCGGUAUCAUGGAUAGAACAACCGCGGAACUUUCAAGAGUUGAAGAACAGCUUCGAUCAGACUAGUCGCUUUGCUCGUUUGAAAAAAAUUCAUUCAAGAAUAGCCGGUCGAGAUCUGCAUCUACGUUUUGUUGCCACGACUGGCGACGCCAUGGGUAUGAACAUGCUAUCACAGGGAACGGAAAGGUCUCUGCAGACGUUGCAGACAUAUUUUCCGGAUAUGAAGAUAAUCUCCCUUAGUGGAAACCUCUGCACCGACGAAAAACCUUUGGCCGUCAACUGGAUCGAGGGACGAGGAGGUAAAAACGUGGUGUGCGAAGCGAUCAUACCCGCGGAUGUUGUGGCGUGCGUAUUAAAGACUUCGGUGCUUAAACUUGUUAAGCUUAACAAUAAAAAGAAUUUAAUCUGCUCAGCCUUGGCAGGCAGUGUAGGCGGCUUCAAUGCUCACGCCGCCGAUAUUGUAACCGCAAUUUUUAUCGCCACUGGACAGGAUCCAGCACAAAACAUCGUUAGCAGCAAUUGUCUAACAUUGAUGGAAUUGUGGGGUGUAGAUGGUAAAGAUCUGCGUAUGACCUGCACGAUGCCCAGCAUCGAAGUCGGCACGAUUGGCGGUGGCACUGUUCUACCGGCACAAGAAGCGUGCCUAGGGAUGCUGGGAAUCAAAGGUGGACAUCCUACGGAACCUGGUCAAAAUGCCAAAAGAUUUGCCCAAAUUGUUUGCGCCACUGUACUCGCUGCAGAGCUAUCGUUGAUGGCUGCGUUGACCUCCGGGGAUUUGGUCAAGAGCCAUUUGAGACAUAGUAGGCAUUGUGAAAUUUAAAUGUGAAACCCAACCGAUGAAAAUGUUUCACAAAACGAUUAUUUUUUUCUUUUAUGUUAAAUGUGCAAGUAAUAAAUUAUUGUCCACCGAAAUUGCAACGUAAAAUGUACGACUAAGAAGAUAAUUUUUAAAACCUAAUUAUAUUUUAAACGCAAUGUGAAAUAAUUUACAAAUCUACACGUUGCAAUUACAGUAAAUAGUAAUUCUAUAGUAUAUGCUUCUAAAACAUUUUCAGCGUUUGGGUUUCACUUUUGAAUUAUUCCAAAAUUUUGUUUAUACUAAUCGCUGUAAUUUAAAAAUAUACCUAAUUGCAUUCUUAAUUU